CUAGAAAGGCAGGAACGAUGGAAGGCGGCACAGCACGCCAUAGCUAGCAUAUGAUCCACCGUCCGGUCACUCUCAACUAAUUAGUAUCUACCCCGCUUGUUCUACCUCGCAUGCAGCAUGAGUUCUGUUUGCCAAGUUGAAAUAAGAUGCUACUCAGUAGCUUAUCUUGCCGAUGCAUCCGGACUGUUGAGUGACAUUGUGACAAUAACCAUCAUGUCAUUUCAUUCAAUCGAUUAUGGCUAUCCCGUGAUUGGUGAAAGAGCCGUCUCGGGUUCCGCCCCCUGCUUGCUAUACUGGACCGGCCCGGUAUAGUCCCUCAAGAUCUAGAUCUGGUGCUGCAAAUCUUUCCCUCGGUGUGUUGCUGGCGUGGAGCUUGCGUCAGUAGACAGAAUCCUUUGCUUGCAGCUCAUCGGUAAAACUCCCAUGAAUUUUCUUGCUCUGUUUAUUUGUAUGCCAUUUCAGAUAAGCAAGUCGACAACUUGUUAUAGGAGAGGUCAAUGGUACUCUUGAUAAUAGCCAAGGUGUAAGACAGUCGAGUCGUGUCCGGCAUCAAGGAAGGGGCGAACAAAAGACAUUGUCUGCAAAUUUGUCCAAAGCAGGAGCAAAAAUGUG